AGUUGGCCGCUGACGUCAAGGAAUCCUAAAAGUCGAAAACGAGUUUCGAAGCUCGCGAGCCACCGUAGAUAUGCGUGUAUCCCCAGAAGACUCGUGAACACUACAGUACUCACAUUACUAUGUGUAUGAAGUUUACGUGAUCUCAGGCUGCACUGACCAUUAUAAACAGAAGUCGUGUGCGUGAAUGGAAGGUGUACAUGAGUUUACAGCUCGCGAUAUUCCGAUAUGAUGACUUUUAACUUAUCAAAAGAGAAACUUCAGAUGUUUAUAUAAGGAGCCAAGACUUCAAAACAUAUCCGACGGUUCUGUCGCGAUGCCUUUCUCUAUAACUUAUUGGUUUCGUGUUUCUCUAAGUAAACAAAACUAACUUUCCAACAGUGAAGGUGUGGGUCCUCGAGCUCAGCAUGGAACAUCAGACGCGUUUGAACGCAGACAUUUGUAUUUAUAAAGUCCUGCAGGGUGUUGUGGUUAUGUGGCAGAGAUUUAGUAAACCCUUCUGUAUUGAAUGUAUUUGACUGCACUCGGAUGAAGCCAUGAGCCGUCAAGUGAUCAUCCUGUCUGUGUUGAUUUGUCUCUGUGUGACACGGUGUUGCCCCUCCAGACUGACACACUGCGACAAUGGCAAGACAAAUCUGGUCACAGACCUACCAGGACCUGACGAGCUUUUGUGUCAAGAGCUUUGGCCACAGUCACAGACGAAUAUGGCUGAUAUUGACACAAAACAUACUAUAAAGGCUGCUGAUUACAUCUGUAUGGACACACCCAUUACAUAUAAUAACCGCAUACCCACCCAUGGUCCUUACCGGCCUGUUGAGGCAGAGAGUGGAGAGUAUCUUUACUGCCCCCCUCAGCGCUGGCUACACAACCUCAAAAAUGGAGCGCUGGUGUUUCUGUAUCACCCGUGUGUCUCAGCGGAAGCUCACAGGAGUUUGGCGGGGUUGGCUCACUCGUGUCUGUCUCAUUACAUCCUCACACCUCACCCCUGGCUCAGCCAACACAGACCUUUAGCGGUCGUAUCGUGGGGUCGCUCACUAGAGAUGUCUCACAUCACGCUGGGGGUUUGUGAUUGGUUGUUUUCCAUUUCCUCCAAUAUUAGUCAAGCUAAUACAAGCCAAAGAGCAAAGUACAAUCUAUAUUUGACAAAACCAGCACCUAUGGACAAACCAGAGGACACCAGUCAAGAGAUGUCCAAAGCGGAGAGAUUAAAGUUCCUUAAAAACUGCUGCACGGAGAGACUCUUUGAGCUACAGAGGACCAGAGGGAGAACCAGGAAGAGCAGGAUGGUUGUCAAACAACCACUGAAAGAAGUGAAAGAUGACGUCAAACCAGACGAACUUAACAACACAGAGAGUGCAAAACUGAACCAUACAGACACGCUACCACAAAAUCAUACAAAAGAGAUGGCCUCCUUCUCAGUGCUAGCUGUUACACAAUCUCUCAGUUCUGCAAAGGACUCUAAAGAGCCUGGAGACAGUGCUAAAGACAAAUCAAAGACAACUGAGAAGCAAUUUCCACAAAAUAAUAUGACUGAAAGACAUAAAUACCAAACAGACAGAAAAACACAUAAGAAAACUAUAACAGAAGCUAAGAAGCAUCGCAUUAAGACUGACACAAAGGCUCAGAGGUCUGGAUCUGAAUGCGGGGAGCUUGGACAGUGUGGAGUCUCAGACUCCUCAAAGUCUCCUCAUUUGGGAGGGCCACUGAGGGGCGAGAGGAUACCCAUACAACGUACAGAUGAGGCCGUGUGGGCAGCAGGCGCUUUGGGAUUCCUCUUAGUGCUCCUCACCCUGUCUGUGCUCCAUACACGCCUCUAUCGCCACUGGAGAUCUUCAACUAGUCUCUACUGGCACGACAACCAGCAAGACUAUGAGAGUGUGGGUGACAUCAUCCGGCGGAGGCUUAGGAUGGUUGGCCGGAGGAAGAGGAGGAGUAGCCAGAACAGGAGGCAGGAAUGUCCACUGCUAUCUAACUCCAGCAAUGAGGAGAACUCAGACUAAUGGACAGGACUGGUGAACACUACAAAUCUCACAAACUCUGUUGGAAUAUCAGUCAUGAAGUAAAUAUGGACCUUUUUAUGAAGCUAAGGAUAACUUUUGUCCACAUUCAAGACAAUACUUCAAAAAGACAAUUUCUCUCUGGUAUUUCAUAUAGUGACAGUUAAGUGAUAAAGGUUAAUCAUUUUAUUUCUAAAGACAGUUUUCUACCAUUUAGUUUGAACUUUUACACUUUGUGGAUCGUUGCGUUGUCUAUUGUUGUUGUAGCAUACUUGUAAAUUAAAGCUGCAAUGAAAUGGAAGUAGUGACAGAUAAUAUUUUUCAUAUUGUGAUGUACAUCAAAGUGUAAUGGAUUAUCAAAAGAGAAAAAAUGUUGGAUAGGGACUUUAUUCUAUCCAUCAUUAGAUUUUGAUAUAUGGGCACUGCAUUCAAAAGUGAAUGUAGAAAGGGAUAUGUCACCAGAGAACCAGAAGGACUAGUUAGGACAUUUAAAAAAAUGAAAUAUAUGUAUGAAUGAAAUGCUGCACAAUUAGAUCACUAUCAUGCAUUUAGAAAACAGAUGAGAGUGAAUUUCCAUUUCAUGCUGAUUUAUAUAUAGGAAUGUGGAAUGUUUUGGUCACACUUAAGCAUUUGUUUCCUGCGUAGAUAUUACUUUUUCUGACGGUUGGUUUCUAAAAUGCAGUGAUCAUUUACUCACCCUCAUGUUGUUCCAAACCUGUAUGACGUUUUCUUCUGUGGAACACAUAAGACGACAUUUUGAAGAAUGCUGGAAACCAUGUUUUAGUGAUUAUUUAUACAUUCCAAAGUGACAUUUCUCAAAAAAUCGUAUGUUCUAUGGAGGAAAGGUCAUAUAUGGGGUGAGUUUUUUGUUUUUGGGAAACUUAAUUUCCUUGGAGUUAGAAGCCUGUAAUGAUAAGUAUGCGUGAAAAAAAUAUGCAUACGGUAUCUUACUCUAUAGCCCCGACUGUUGGUGAGAAUGAUUGUGGUUUAUGUGUCACAUGACUUGACACAAGGAGAUGGCAGUAGAGAGCUCUCCAGUCCCACUGGCACUCUGUGAACAGUUUAAAUAAUGUAACUGCGCUGGAAGUUGAGCAAAUGCUUUUUCAUGUGUAGCAUACUAAUUGUAUUGGUCAGAUUCAUACUAAAAUAGUGGAGAAGCAAAUAAAGACAUUAAUUCAGA